AUGUUCUUCCAUCCCCGAGGGCACACCAGUUUUCAAGUGGAGUGUCCUUUUUCUACUGCAGAUCAGCUGGUUCUUCAAGUUCCACAGUCUGUCAUUGAAGGAGACACAGUGAUUAUGAGCUGCUGGGGAAAUGAAGAAGAGGAACUAGACGAAAUGAUUUACCACAAGGAUGGGAAAAAUCUCAUGACUUUUAAAAAAAACUCAAGUUUCAUUAUCGUAAAUGCAAACUCUAGAAGUAAUGGCAUGUAUGGAUGCACUGUUUCUGGAGAAGAUGAUAUAUUUUGGAGAAGAAAUUCAAAUGUUGUAGAAGUCAGAGUCCAAGAUCUAUUUCUACCUCCUAAGCUGACAGCUAGACCCCCCAGGCUCAUAGAGGGAAGCUCAGUGGUUCUGACGUGUGAGACUCAGCUUCAUCCACAGAAAUUAUCUACUCGGCUUGAGUUCUGCUUCUUCAAAGGAAACCUGGGCCUGGAACCAUGUCGGGAGUCCCCAGAGCUGAAGAUCCCAGCUAUGUGGAGAAAAGACUCGGGAUCUUAUAGAUGUCUUGCUAAGACACAGGCUUUCCGAGUUUCUAAACAGAGCCAGGAAGUUAUAAUUCAAGUACAGCGAAUCCCUGUAUCUGGGGUCUUCCUGGAGAUCUGGCCUCCAACAGGUCAAGUGUUUGAAGGAGAAAAUGUGGUCCUUGUCUGCACUGUGACUACUGGCACAGGAGACAUUGAGUUUUCCUGGUACAAGGGGAAGAUCAAGAAAGGAGUGGUGAGGGCCUCUCAGAAUUCCCAGAGAGUAGAGCUGCAAAUUGUUAUCAAGAAGUACCACGCUGGGGAAUAUUACUGUGCAGCUAACAAUGGCUUCGGCCUCAUCUCCAGCACAAGAGUUUACAUUUCUGUGAAAGCUGAGUUCAUGCAGGAGGAAGUCAAGCAGAAGAGAUCCUCUCUGACAUCAGCUUUGUCUCUACCAGUUCCAGUGUCUCAACCAGUCCUCACACUCAGAACUGCCAGGACCCCGGCGGUGGAAGGGGAUGUAAUGGAGCUUCUCUGUCAGGCCCAAACGGGCUCUCCUCCAAUUCUGUACCUAUUCUAUCAUAAUGAUGCCAUCCUGGGGAACAGCUCAUCCUUCUCUGGAAGAGAAGUGUCCUUCAACCUCUCUCUGACUUCAAGGCAUUCUGGGAACUACUCCUGUGAGGCCACCAAUGGCCGAGGUGCCCAGCAGAGUAACAUAGUGUCAAUCAACAUCACAGGCCCUCCAGAGGACAUGCUCCCCUUUCUGGCUGCAGGAGUGACUGGGGGCCUGCUUGGUUUCCUGGCUGUAGCUGUCCUGCUCUACUAUGUCUGGUUCCGGAGAAAAUCAGGAACUACCCCAGGCUCCCAAGAGCACACCAACUUCAAGUCACCUGUCUCAGCAAAGGAACUGGAGCCCGUGUACAGCAGUGUGAAUCCAGACUCUGAAGAUGUGGCUGGUUCCCAGGAUGUGGUUUACUCCCAGGUCUGGAGCAUCCACCAGAAACAAGAAGGUGCAGGAACCAGUGAUUUUUCAUUGGAUUCAUUUUACAGUCUUCUCAGCAGUGUAUUUAGCCCAUUUCUCCCAAAGACAGCCUUGUUCCAUUCUGAGGUCCAACCCAGGACCUCGGCCAGAAGCACCACAAAUGCAAAUGGGACAAUAGGCAAGGAGGUUCAUGUGUCUGGAAUGUGCUGUGUAACACAUGAGCAGGAGCCUUGGGCUGAGCCAGAACUAGCAUGUCCUCAUGAACUUGGCUAUGAUCCCUGA